GUAACGGGCAAAUAUUAGCGGCGGCGGCGGCAGCACAACACCCGGAAACAGAAGAAGAUGCGUGAAUCUUGAAAUUGUAUAGGUCUUUGGGCACGCAACGGAUUGGAUUUUUCUCGGAACCUUCCGAUAGGCCUUGCGGGGAGUGGAAACUUUUGCAAGACGGACCAGAAGUUGGUGCUUGAAGACGGAAGCUCCGUUCUGCCCUGGAGGGGAUAAUGAGUUUCGAGUGGCCCUGGCAGUACAGUUUCCCUCCUUUCUUCACGUUGCAGCCCAACGUGGACACAAGGCAGAAGCAGCUGACUGCUUGGUGUUCCUUAGUGCUCUCAUACUGCCGCCUCAACAAGCUCUACACUAUGACAGUCGCAGAAGCUCAGGAGAGCCCACUAUUCAAUAACUGGAAGCUGCAAAGAAAACUCCCUUUGGAAUCCAUCACUGUUGUGUUAGAGGAGCUCAGGAAAAAAGGCAAUCUUGAAUGGCUUGACAAGAACAAAUCUAGCUUUCUGAUCAUGUGGCGACGUCCGGAAGAAUGGGGCAAGCUCAUUUAUCAGUGGGUGUCAAAGAAUGGGCUGACCAACACAGUUUUCACAUUGUAUGAGUUAUCCAAUGGGGAUGACACAGAGAAUGAAGAGUUCCAUGGUUUGGAAGAAUCCAUGCUACUCCGUGCCCUGCAGGCUUUACAGCAGGAACAUAAGGCCGAGAUCAUUACCCUGGAUGAUGGGCGGGGCGUCAAGUUCUUCUAACAAAGAUUCUCCUCUGGCUUUCUGGUCUGACUGGGCAAAUGUUUUCUGGGUUGAAGGGCUUCUUUGUGCUCUGGGUUCCUUGCGUUGAAGGCCAAAACAGCAAAGUGUUGUCUUGACAGCUCAGCAUCUGACUCCAUGUUUCUCCUCUCUGCUGCUUCUAUCCUCUUUGAGGGGUUGUGGUGUUGAAGAUGCUCUGAAUAGAUUUGUAGAGGACCAUAGUGUUCACUGGGUGCAGCUGACUUGAAGCAAGUCUUGGCUCUUUCGGUUUGGCCUUCCAAGUGUAGGGCACACUACAGACCCUGCUGCUUGCAGCUAUGAGCCACUAUUUUGGGAUCAAAAGUAUAGUACUCUCUCUCCAGCAGAAGGCCAUGCAGACUGUGCUGUCCACAGCAGGAUAAGGCAUUGAGGACUUUAGGCAAAAUUAAACCACACAUUAUUUACAAGAA